UCAAAAAACUAAACCAAAACACACAAUCGAAAUAAAAGGAAAAGAAAAUCCUCCUGGUGAAGAAGAUAUUUUUCGCGGUUCUCGCGGCUGUGAGUGAAAGUUGGAAAUCAAGAGGCGGUUUUUACUAUCUCGUUUAGGAUGAGGUUAAUUUCGUUUUAGCACACUCUCUCCUCUCUUUUCCUUCCUGCUACUACCACGACUACGGACUACUGUUUUCAUUUUGAAUUUUCUGCAGAAAUUAGGUUUGUUUGUUGCGUUGAUUUUUAAGUUCAGAUUUUGUUUUCUCUGCGAGUAAUAGCGUAUUUGAGAAUGGGUGAGGUUGUGGUGAGUAGCAGCAGUGAAGAGGUGGAGGGGAUGGCGGUGGAGUUAGAGACAGAGAAGAAGGAUAUUGGAUCAUCGGAGGUGGUUCGAUGGGAAAAGUUUCUACCAAGGAUGGUGCUCAGCGUUCUUUUGGUUGAAGCUGAUGAUUCUACUCGUCAGAUUAUUGCUGCUCUUCUCCGAAAAUGCAGUUACAGAGUUGCUGCUGUUCCUGAUGGAUUAAUGGCAUGGGAGACUUUGAAGGGUGGACCUCAUAACAUAGAUCUCAUAUUAACUGAAGUGGAGCUGCCUUUAAUAUCAGGAUAUGCACUUCUUACUUUGGUCACGGAGCAUGCUGUUUGCAAAAACAUUCCUGUCAUAAUGAUGUCUUCACAAGAUUCAAUUAGCAUGGUUCUGAAGUGCAUGUUAAAAGGAGCAGCUGACUUUCUCAUUAAGCCUGUUAGGAAGAAUGAAUUGAGGAACUUGUGGCAGCAUGUUUGGAGGAGGCAAACUCUAAGUGCUGGACAAAUCCCUCAAAACUUGCAUAAAGUCGAGGCCUCAUCUGAAAUCAACGCUGCAAGCAAUGGUUCGAGUGACUCUGUGAUGUCUUCGCGGAAAAAUAAGGAUUGCAGCGAGAAAGGGUGUGAUGCCCAAAGCUCUUGUACGACCCCUUGCUUGGAAGCUGAGAGUGCUCACAUGCAAAAUAUGCAGGGACUUUCACAGAUGAAGUAUAGGAGUGCUUCAAAUCUGAGCAACACAGAUAGAGAGGAGUUCGAAGAGUGUGCCAAAUUAGAUAAAAGCCCUGUAACUCCUGAGAACAAGACUGGAGAAAGGCCGAACCGAAUGGAGUCAGAUGGAGAACCGUGCAGUGGAGCUUAUAAUCCAACUUCUUUGAGACUGCUAGAAGAGCACGCUUGUGCCAAGUCAGCAAUUCAAGAUGAAAAUUCGAGGCCAGAAAAUGACAGGGGGCUUGCUAAUAGCUCCUUUGGCUGCGAUGAUGUACCUUUUGAAUCCUCAAGUGGAGCCAUUGACUUGAUUGGUACCUUAAAUAAUGGUCCAAAGACCACAUAUGUACACUCUAGUUUACAUUAUGGCACAAACAAGUUCGAAUUUGCUCCACAGCUUGAACUCUCUCUCAAAAGAUUGUAUCCCAGCAGCUCAAAGAACCAGGGGGUAGAUGAAAGACAUGCACUGAACCAUUCCCAUGCCUCAGCCUUCUCAUGGUACAAUAGCAAGACAUUGCAACCUCCUUUUCCAGCAUCUGCCAGUAAUGGUUCUGAUUCCAAGGAAGAAGCCAGCAAGUCUCCUGAGCUGUCAUCCAAUCAACAUGCUCAAAACAUUAAUUCUAUUUCUCAGAGACAUGGUGCCACUUUGAGUGGGAAUCAAGAUAUGACCAUUCCAAUCAUUGGCCAAUCUGGGAAGGCUGAAUUAGCAUAUCCAAGCCCUCGACAUGGAUUGAUUCCUGUUCGAAGGGGAAUGCUCGACAAUAUAUCUACCGAAUACGGUCAUGAUUUCUCCCCUCUAUAUUAUACUCAAUCAAGUGCAGCAUGGAGUCCCAAACUUGCUGGGUGGCAACAGUCUCCAUAUCCUCUUAGUACCUCAAUUCAUUCAAAUCCUGAUAUUCAUGAUUCUGAGAAAAAUCACAGGUGUUCUGAUGAAACUACUUACAACUCUGUUGACCAAAAUGAUCAUCAGCAGAACAAUAAGGGACCUGCGGAUGAAGUGAGACAUGACUCACCUGCUGCUGGUCAGAGUACUGGUGGUUUAUGUAAUGGUGUUAUCAAUCAUAAUAAGAGCAGUGCAUAUGAAAGCUUUGGCAGUAGAGAUGAUGGAAAUGCCAAAGAGAAGGCCAUGGCUCAAGAUAAUUUGAAUGAUGGGGACAACUUCAAUCGUGAUGGUUUUAGAGGGAUAGAUUCCCUUCGCUCCAGCCAAAGAGAAGCUGCUCUAACAAAGUUCCGACUGAAGCGGAAAGAUCGAUGCUAUGAGAAAAAGGUUCGAUACCAAAGCCGGAAAAGACUGGCAGAGCAACGUCCUCGGGUGAAAGGACAGUUUGUUCGUCAAGUGCAAAAUGAUUCCCCAAUUGCUAAUGGUUGACCAUGAAAUUCAUCAUCACACGCCUGUUUAUUGCUAUCAUGUGCCUUGAACUUUUGGAAAUUAUGGCAUGACCAUGGUGAGAUAAGAAUGUGUUUGCAAGCUUCUUUGCCUUUGGGUCUAAUGACAGUAUGGUUCUAACUGUAAUUUUUGGGUCUAUUGAAAGGGUAGACUUGUAAUUAUGGGGUAAGGCUAUCUGAAUCCUCUUCUACUCUGGUUAUUUUGUUUGCUUGCUCAGUAGAUGACUGACUCAUAGUAGUUAGAGAGCUUUAAUAUCGUGGUAAUUUGCGUUGAUAGUAUAAAAAUGGGCUUGUUUAUUAAGUUAGCUAUGUCAGUAUUGUAUCAUAUGAUUGCUGAGCAGCUUCCACAUUGUCUGGCGAAAAUUUAUGUACUCAUCAACCUUGCUUUCUGUUGCUCUUCUAUAAAAUAUGUUUGAAUUCCUGGUGA